UCUAGGUGAGAGGCUGAGAGGAUUUAAAGUUUCUGUUGGAUCAUCACUUUGUUUUCAAAGUCAAAGUUAUGAAUACAAUGAAGAUGUAAUUUAUAUUAAAUGUGGAAAACCACUCAAUUCAAGUUAUGUCAGGAUAUCGUUAAAUGGAGAUUGGAGAAUGCUUGCUCUUUGUGAAGUGGAAGUAUUACAAUGUGUUCCUGGAUUCUAUGGAGAUAUGUGUAUGGAACGUUGCGAACACUGUGAAGGCGCUAAAUGUGACCAAGUCACGGGACGCUGCGAGGAAGGUUGCAUCAUAGGAUAUUACGUGCCCUAUGGUUCCCAGAAUUGCACAGAAUGUCUCAGCGGUAAAUUUGGUUACAAUUGCACAAAGUCCUGUCAUUGUUCCAAAACAUGUAACCACACCAAUGGAUUAUGUCCAGGAGAGUGUGAAGCAGGAUACACCGGGUACAACUGCCAAGAAGAAUGUGAAGCUGGUAGAUUUGGUAGAAAUUGUAGCAGGACAUGUCAUUGUAUCAACAACGAAAACUGCAACAGAAUAACUGGAAAAUGCUCAGAUGGAUGUUCUGCUGGAUAUAGAGGCGCCUUUUGUCAACAAAAAUGUCACAAUGGUAAAUUUGGUUCCGAAUGCUCAAAGUCCUGUCAAUGUUCCCAAACAUGUAACCACAUAAAUGGAUCGUGUCCAGGUGUGUGUGAUGCAGGAUACACCGGAGACAACUGCCAAGCAGAAUGUGUAGGUGGUAGUU